AUGCGGGCAGGUAGGAGGAAGGAGGAUGCGAGCGACCAAGCCUCUGAAGCGGGCGAGCCGCGCGACGAGGGCUCCAAUGCCCUCGUCUUCUCGUCCGUUGUUGACUCGGCCGGCUUCCUCCCACACCACAAGGAGCCGCCUCGCUACAUCCGCGUCAAGUUACACAAUAAAAAGGUCAAGGAGUUCGACAAGAUGUUUCUCGCUCAAGAGCUAAUUGGCACACGGCCUCUGGAAUCACAAACUGACAGCCGCAACCCUGUCGUAACGGUAACGACAUCCGGCCACGGCCGCAAGAAAACGGCCACCGGCGGCGCUGUCUGGGCGACCGAGUUCAGCAAAGACGGCCAGUACCUUGCCGCAGGCGGCCGCGACCACGUCGUCCGCGUCUGGAAGGUCAUCUCGACUGCCGAGGACCGUCGGUCCCAGGAGGAAGAAGAGGCCAAGAGCGACGGCACCAACGAACGGCUUAGCGCGCCCGUUUUCUUGGAAAAGCCCGUGCAGGAGUUCAACGGCCAUACCGGCGAGAUUCUCGACUUGAGCUGGAGCAAAAACAACUUUUUGUUGUCAACAUCCAUGGACAAGACCGUCCGUCUUUGGCACACCAGCCGUGAGGAGUGCCUGUGCACCUUCAAACACAAGGAGCUUGUCAGCAAGGUCACAUUCCACCCCAAAGACGACCGGUUCUUCCUUGCAGGCUGUCUCGACGCCACUCUGCGCCUGUGGAGCAUCCCCGACAAAUCCGUUGCCUUCUCCGCGCAAAUGUCCGAUAUGAUCACAGCUGUGGCCUUUUCGCCUGACGGCAAGAUGGCCAUUGCGGGUCUACUCAGCGGUUUUUGCUACCUUCUCGAGACGGAAGGACUGAAACCACUCACACAAAUCCACGUCCGCUCAUCACGUGGCCGCAAUGCAAAGGGCAGCAAGAUUACUGGCAUUGUCCCGAUGCUUCUGCCCAACUCUCGGCCCGGCGAUGCUGCCAUCCUGGUGACCUCGACCGACGCCCGUGUUCGCCUCUACCACUUGCGCGAUAAGAUGCUGGACUGCAAAUUCAAGGGUCAUGAGCACGCCAGUGCCCAGCUCUCCGCCAGCUUUAGCGACGAUGGCAAGUACGUCAUCUGCGGCAGCGAGUCCAAGAAAGUCUUUAUUUGGAGUGCGUCGUCCAGCGAUGCCAUCACCAAGGACCGGUACCCCUGUGAGACAUUCGAUGCCCACAGCGACAUGGUAACCACGGCCAUCUUUGCGCCAGUCCAGACUCGGCAGCUGUUAGGCGGGUCGGGUGACCCAGUCUACGAUUUGUGCAACCCGCCACCAAUCACGCUCAUGUCCCUCGAAGAGACACUGGCGUCGCAGUCGGGCAUGUCCAACAACACGCUCAACCACAACGAGGACGGUACAGAUGUUACACAGCCCACGAACCCUCCUCACCCGCCGCGGGCCCGGCCCGAAGAGUCACCCGCCUACAUUGCUCGCUCGACUCACUACGACGGAAACAUUAUUGUCACGGGCGGCGAUACAGGUAUCAUCAAGGUCUUCCGCCAGGACUGUGCCGCUAAGAAACGAAAGCACGAAAGCUGGGAGACUGGGUCUUUCGGCCAGAAACUGGGCACGAGCUCGCGUCUGGUCGGCCGCAGCGGAAGCAUCAUUACGCGCACCAGUGCCAGCAGCGCCGCCCAUUCGCGCCGCGGGUCGCUCUCAUUGCCGUCACACCUGGCAGGCAACUCUACACAGAUUGGCGGCCACCCGGACAGCAUCAACCGCUGGCGACACGACAUAGAGGGCGGUGGCAGUCGACCGAGUUCGCUUGUUGGCAGCGGAAUCGCGUCCGUGCGAAGUGAGCGCUCCAUCUCGCCCAACAAGUCGUCAAGGACACCUUUGGGCGCCUCAAGUGGCCUCGCUAGUGAUGCCCGCAGACAGCCCUAUGCGACAGCUACAAGCUCGCCUCUCUCACCCCAUUUUGCUCCCAACCAAGCCGGUCGCAGUGGUUUGGCCAAUUCGGCAAUAAGUCCGACAUCUACCACAUUUGCGGCAACCUCGCGGCAGCCUGCGAAGCCCGUCCUUCCGCCAGCAGGCGAGAAUGCGUCGACAGCACUGAUGAAGGGGACGGUUGCCUCAUCGAGUCAAGCAGCGUCAUCGAAUCGUGACAGCUUGGCCAUUGAUUCUGCCACCUCGCGGCCAAGCGACGAAACGACGGAGAGUGCACCAGUGCCAACCGAAGUUCAGAUUCAGGAGCCAAAGGAUGGCCAUGAUCUCGAACAAGACGACAUGUCCGAAAGCAACCUGGACUCUGCCGGGUCAACACCGCAGCCGUCCAUGGCAUACCGGGCGGACGACGGAGCGCUGCGGCUCGACCAGGCGGGCGCCAGCUUUGGCUUCUGGAACCUCAGCCGGUGGAGGGGUAUUUCCGGUUUGCGCACGUCGCUCAUCAGUGGUGGCUCGAGCUCCAACAACGCUGUCGAGCCACCCAGCCCUGUCGACUCGACGCACAGCAGCGACAAGGGCAGCGAACACGGCGGUGAGAGCAAAACGGCCCAUACGCGCCGACGCUCCCUGGGUGUUAACCUCUUGCCCAAGUCACCGCUGUCAAAAUCGGAGACACAGGCGAGCGCUGCUGCGGCGGCGAACGAUGGGUCUUCCUCGGCGGCGGCAGCCAUCCGUGCAUCGCAAACCCGCCAAAAAUCCAGUACCGGACGUUCCCUCCUCUCGCCGUCCAUUGCGAUCGCCUCUGACGACGGCGACGGUGAACCUCACGAUGACAUGGACCAUCCCCAUUACAACAACAACAACUUGCUCAUCCCAGGCUCGCGGUCGCACAGCCCUUAUGGGAGGCGCGCAGGCUCGAUUGUCAGUCGGCUGAGCUCUGAGAUGACGAGCACAGACGGCGCCAGCGACAUGGACGGCGAGCAUGGCGACGAAGGUGUCGAAAUGAGGUGCACCAAGUGCGGCGGACGGGAGUUUAAGGCGCGGCGGGUGAACGGCGUGCAGCAGCUGGAGUGCAGUCGGUGCGGCAAGUUACUAGACGGGGGGAAGAAGUAA